AUGUCGCUCAAACGCCACUUGACUCCCAUCCAUGAUGGAGGAAGCUCCAACGGAAAUUUGGGGUAUGAUGGUGAACCUCGUGCGCGACGAAGGCUCGCCAUGCCAGAUGCCGGGUCUGCGGAUAUUCUGUCUGAUGUGGAGUUAGAAUUGGAUAUGUUCUCGCACGACUUGUUUUUCGAACCCGAAUUCGAUGUACAGCACAUAGGCAUCGAUCUUCAACCUGAGCGGCUGAGGCCAGAUGACAUACAGUUGUGGCCAUCGGUGGUGACUUCGUCAUCAGAGGAACCAGGCAACGCAUGUCCCACUCAAGAAGGCUCGAUGACCGGCCUUGAGACUGGUGUCGUUGAGGAACAGAUCUGCUUUGGAAUGCUGGUGCACGAAAAGGUUAAAUUGGUCGGCAAGGGAGAGCACUUACUUCGGAAGAUCGUGGCGCUUCAAGAAAGUAAACUUUCACGUCAAGUCUUCCAGAUUAGGCCAUCGAGUGAUGGAGAACUCUUCCUCACGUUCCCAGACGCGACAGAACUUGGCUAUCUGUCGGAGAGAAUGAAAAAAACGCUUAAGCCACUCAUAGGAUUGCCGCACUUCGAACUUGAAGCGUGGACCACUCUCAAUCCCAUCUUGGACGCGCUAGGUAAGGCCAAAACGUCUGCCGAGGCAGCGAUCCGCGUGGACGUUCAUGUCUAUGGGCUGGAGACCCUACGAAAUCAGUGCGGCAGGCAGCUUUCGAAAGGAAACCUUUUUCUACAGCAUCCAGACAUGUGUCGACCGGGAAUCCGGUAUGACAAUCCGCACGUCCUUCGAUUUGAUGAGAUCGAGGACUCGGAUGUCGAGGAAGAGACAGAUGCAGCUGAGGAUGAAGGGGAGGCCGACGUAUCCUUCGAGUGCGACGAAGACUUUGAGGAGACAAUUGCGGCUGUUUUUCAAUCUCUGCAGCGGCCCGACAAGCUGAAUCGGCUCAAAGAAACUGGGAAUCUGACUGGGUCCUUGUAUCCACAUCAGGAGGAGGCAUUAGACUUUAUGACACAGCGAGAGACGGGAGAAAUUACUUCCGAAUAUUGCCUGUGGCAGCCAAAAACGAUCGACGCAGAGCAGGUGUUCUCUCAUCUUAUCACUCAUGACCAGCAGCGAGAAAAGCCAGAUGAAAGUGGCGGAGGAAUCCUGGCUGAUGAGAUGGGAAUGGGCAAGUCAUUAACAACUCUGGUUUUGGUCGAAAAGACAACAAAAGAUGCUCGUCAAUGGGCGGCACAUAGUAGUAGCCUCAAAGUGAUGGUAUACCAUGGUCGAACACGGAAGAAUUUACUCGCUGAUAUCGAUCACUAUGACAUUGUAAUCACCACCUAUAACACACUAGCAAAGGAGCAUGACAACAAAUUACUUGGCAAAGGGCAAAGCCCUCUACACGACUUUGUAUGGUACAGAGUGGUUCUAGACGAAGCACAUAUCAUUCGUCGCCGUGAAACUACAUUCCACAAAGCCGUGUUCAACCUCUUAGCUAAAACACGCUGGUGUCUGUCAGGAACACCCAUCCAGAAUAGUUUAGCUGACCUGGCAUCCCUGCUGGCCUUUCUGAAAAUUCGACCCUUUCAUGAGCCAAGAACCUUUCGUCACUGGAUAGGAAGACCAUUCGAGGAGAAGGGGACCAAGCACAGAGCAAUUCAACGGCUUACCACUCUUCUAAACGCAAUUUGCCUUCGAAGGACCAUAGAUCGGGUCGAAAUUCCCGGCAAGAAGCAGGAAACCCGGAUUGUGCAAUUUUCACCUGAGGAGCGUGUUCAGUAUGAUCGCACAUAUUCGACCAUACAACGGUUCAUCCUGCAGCAAGCCGGAGAAUACAGCCAGCAGAGUGCGUUUGGAAUGUUCCAAGUCUUCCUACAAUUGAGAAGCUUCUGCAACCAUGGAACGUACCAGCGCGAGCUCUCAUGGCUCCCAAGGGAUCUACUGGACGACGAAGUAGAUCCUGACGUAAUCAAUCGACUAAUCCGACCGGAGAAUUACAUUGUCCUCUAUGUGAAUCCCUUCGAGGGCCCCAGCUCAAUGGCAAGACACUUGACCGAAGCCAGAAUACGAUUUGAACGUAUUGAUGGCAGAACGAAACCAGCACAGCGCCAAGAAAUUCUUGACUCUUUCAACAAUAGCUUGCAGGUGCCUGUCUUGAUUAUGACAACUGGCACGGGCGCUUUUGGCCUGAGCCUUCAAUCGGUGAAUCGCGUCUUCAUUGUUGAGCCCCAAUGGAACCCGAGCGUGGAGGAUCAGGCCAUUUCGCGGGCUAUUCGUCUCGGUCAGGAGCAACAGGUCCUGGUUAUUCGCUACCGUGUCAAGAAUAGCAUUGAAGAGGACAUGUGCGCGCAGCAAUCGCAUAAGCUCAAGAUCAGCAAAAUGGACUUCAGGAAAGAACUCCUAUCAGUUCCAGAGGAAUCCUCCUCCGCAACUGACGCUUGA